UCUACAAAACAGAAACCAGCCGUCAGAACAUUGUAAGUGACUCAUUCGAGCAGUUAUAAAGUGAUUUUCAUUUUAAUCUAAGUAAUAUUCAUAAAAAAAGUGAAUCUGCUACUUAUAUUACCAUUAUUCAACAAGGAAAAUGUCGGGCAUUAAAGUCGGUGGUUGCUGUGGCCAUGAUUUAAGAACAGCGACUCUAGUUAUUGGAAUUCUAUUUAUCGUUCUCAACAUCGGAAACUUGAUACGAACACCGAUAGAAUACACCCAAGCAUGUAGCAGUGGUAUGACAUUUGAAGACAGUAUCUUUUGUUCAUGGACAAAAGAUUCCUCGAACUUGGGAUUAGCUAUCAGCAGUUCUAUUGUUGAAAUUAUUUUAGAGGCGCUUAUGAUCUAUGGAUCUGAAAAGGAAAAAUACAUGCUAAUGCUACCAUUGCUUGUAAUCCAUGCAAUUGGACUAGGAUUAACUUUUGGAGUUUUUUGGUUCAUAAUCACAGCAGUCGUUGAUAUUUCCAUGGGAGCAAGAGUAAUGAUACUAUUGAUCGGUCAUUUGAUAAUCGCUAUCGGUGUGUACUUAUGGAUGAUUGUCUACAACAGAUGCCAAGAAAUCCGAAGAAAUUCUUCAGUGGACCCCGAAAAACAUCAACUUCCUCCCUAUGAACAAUUUGUACAGGAUUAUAAAGUUGCAAUUUAAUUAUUUUUAUUUUUUUUUUAAAUAAUCAGUAAAAUUUAUUAUCAUUAAUAAAUAAUUAAUCA